UGUGUGCACACUUCUGUUUACAGGUCAAGCCUAAACAGAACUUGAAGUCUAACUUUAUGGUUCAUGAACAGAGUAAUCUGGGUACGCACAGGCAGGAUAGAGGCGUUAUGGGGCCCCCCUGCAGUUUGGGACAUGAGGAAGAACAAGGUGAAGAGUCCACUGGAAUUCUGAGAGUACGGGUUGAAGAAAGCAUUUUCACCAUAGACAGGGCCGUCCUGGGGCAGAACUGUGAGUAUUUCCGUGCUCUCUUCCGCUCUGGGAUGAAGGAUAGCCAGCUGAACGAGUUCCACUUGCAGGGAGGCCUGAAAGCGAGGGGUUUCCUUAUUGCAAUGGCAGUUUCCAGAGGUGAGUGCCCUGUUAUACGAGAUCCAGACGAGAUCGUGGAGGCUGCCGAGUGUGCGGCCUUUCUUCAGGUCGAUGUACUGGUUCAGCACUUGAUAGACCUUCUUGAUACCGACAACUGCAUUCUUUUGUUCCACACGGCGGCGGUGUACGGCUUGUGGAGGUUGUUUCACAGCGCUGCUGUGUUCAUCCGAGACGCUUACACUGACGUGCAAGAAGCUUUUGAGGCACUCCCAGAGGAGCUGAUCUGCUACGUGGAGUCGCUUUCACCAAUGUCAUUUGUGGCUCUAGGAACUCAUUCGCCAUCCAUGAAGAUUCUGCAGGACUGCUACAGGACUGUGUUUUACCUUGAUGAGAAACCAGGUGUUUGGAAACAUCUGACUGACCUACCAACAGAUGCCAGCACCUCUAUGGCCGGGGUGGCUGUUGUGGAGAACCGAUUGUAUAUUGUUGGAGGAGUGCGAGGGGUUACCAAGGAAACUGUUGAUGUGAGCUUCUGCUAUGAUACAGAAUCCAACUCCUGGAGUGUGUUUGAUGGUCCUCAGCAGUCUAGAUACAACUUCACCCUUGUGGGUCACAAUGGACAUUUAUAUGCCAUCGGAGGUGAGUUUGACAAAAGAAUCAUGUCCUCUGUAGAAGUGUGUGAUGUUUCCACAGGCGCCUGGACGUUGUGCAAGCAUGCGCCUCGUUCUGUAGCUGGAGCUGCUAGCGCAGUUGCCAGGCGUAGGAUAUUCGUAUGUUUCUGGAAGCCACCGGAUACUACGGACAUUUAUGAAUACUCACCUAAAAAUGAUGAAUGGACGCUGGUCACCACUAUGGUCAAGCCUCAGAGUUACGGACACUGCAUGGUGGCUCACGCCGACAACCUUUAUGUUAUGAGGAACGGGCCUUGUGAUGACUUCCUGCGCUGCCUCAUGGACUGCUACAAUAUCACUACAGGUCAAUGGACGGCUAUGCCAGGACACUACGUCAAUAGCAGGGGCGCCCUCUUCUCGGCUAUGGUGAGGGGGAACUCUGCGUUCACCGUCAACCGCAAUUUGACCCUGGAAUAUGUAAUUUGCAGUGACAAGUGGAAGCCUCGUAGACAGAUGGUGGGUUUUCCAAAAAGUGGCUCGCUUUGGACUUGCUUACUCAGACUGCCUAAGAGCACAGAUGCACAGCAGGAGCGUGAUGCAGAGGAAGCUCUGGAGAUUGACGCCAAUGUGGAAAGUGUGGAAGAAGAUUCAGCAGAGGCUAAUCAGCCACUUUAGGGAUUGCAGAUCAAUCUGUUAUUUUAUUUGCAAUUUUCAUGUUUGAUGACAGAAGUUCCCUUUCAAUUACUUUAAGGGAUAGUUCAUCCAAAAAUGAAAAUUCUUUCAUUAAUUACUCACCCUCAUGUCGUUCCGAACUCAUAAGACCUCAGAAUACAAAUUGAGACAUUUUUGAUGAAAUCCGAGAGCUUUUACUGAAUAAAGUUGUUACUGUUGUUUUAUUUGUGCACAAAAAGUAUUCUAGUCGCUUCAUAAUAAUUAUGGCUAAACACUGAUGUCACAUGGACUAUUUUAAUGAUGUCCUUACUACCUUUCUGGGCCUUGAAUGUGUCAGUUGCAAUGUUGUCUAUGCAGGGGCAGAAAGCUCUCGGAUUUCAUCAAAAAUAUCUUAAUUCGUGUUCUGAAGAUGAACGGAGGUCUUACGGGUUUGGAACGACAUGAGUGUGAGUAAUUAAUGACAGAAUUUUCAUUUUUGGGUGAACUAUUCUGUUAAACGCACAAAUUUAUCUUAUGUUCCAAACAGUAAAUCUCUUUGCCUACUGUCAACUGCAAAUAAGAGAAACAAUAAAUAAAUAGGUGUGAACACGUCUACCCUCUCUUGUUCCCACACAUAUGCACACGCACACGUGUCCGUGCUCUAACUGUGGCUCUCCAGCCCCUAUAAACAGCUCCUCGAUCGCUUGUGCAGCUGCUGUUAAUCAGCCCCAGCACCCCGCAGAUGGGUCUGAAGUUCAAAGUCUUCUCACUGGAGAGCUCUAAUACUCUCCAUCCUCCUGUCUGUCUGUCUGUAUGUCUGACUGACUCCCACAGAAGAUACAGGAGCUACAAAGUAUUUCAACGCAGAGACUCCACACUCUUCGCUUCCUUACUUGUAUUUCUGUGAUCUGAAAAAAUGAGUAUGUUAACUUUUAGAACAAUUACUGUUUUUAAUCAAGGCAAGCUUUAUUAUCGACCUGCAGGACUAGUUAUCUGGCCUGUGCGUGGUUUAUGAACAAAAACACACAGCCAUUUUUUGAGCGUGGGAAACAGAUACAUAACAAAUAUGUGGUCAAAAUAACAGUAAACAGCAGAUAAUAAACCACACCAGGACCACAAUGUCUUGCAAUGCAGUUAGAGAGACUGAAUCGGAGAUAAAGCUAAAUAAAUAGGCGAUAUAUCUAAAUAAAAUUACAUACAUAGCUAUAUUUUUUUGUAUAUUGAUUAUAUUAAUCACAAUAUGUGUUUACUCUGCAGUGGCUUCUUUUAAAGCGGACAUCAGAUGCAAAAUUAGCUUUCAGUGUUUGCAUAUAAAUGUGUUUUAGCAGAGUUGAUUUUCUGGAAAGUAUGAUGUCAUACUGCUCAGGCCCCACCCACAACCGCUGAUGGACUGUUCCAUAUUUCUGCCCUCAGCCAGUUGUACGCUGUCCGCCGUUUUCUCCGCGCUCAAACAGCUGUAGCGACAACAAUGUCUCGUAAGCAAUGCUGGUGUUUUGUAGUUGGAUGUAUAAGUGAAUAUAAGAGUCUUCAUCGUCCUGACAUCAGAGC